AUGCUGACCACCCUGAGGCUGCUGCUCAGCUUCGCUGUCCCUGUGCUAGGGGUCUAUGUUUCUGUCAGCUGUCCCAGAGGCAAGCAGUGCCAGCAGGCCCUGCUGUCUGGCAAUGAUAUCCUUCUGCUCUGCAACGCGUCAGGGGCGCACUGGUAUUACUUCAUCAUGCAAGGCAGCAGCCCAUCGCUCUCCAACAUCACCAGUGUCUCCAACUUAGAAAUAAUGCCCGAGGGUGGCCUCCUCAUUAAAAAUCCACUGCCCUCCCAGACGGGUACCUACUACUGCUGUGACCACAAUGACAUCCAAGUGACACAGUAUGAGAUUGACUUCCAGGAUGUUACCACCCUGUAUAUAACACACAAAGGCCUGGGCCAACAGCCCCUGCAGAAUGAGUCCCUACACCCGGGUGGCCAAGAGCGCAUCUUUACCCGGUGGGAGCCCUGGCAGGACUGCAGCCACUGCGAGCAGCCAGGCGAGCGGAAGCGCCUGGGGUACUGCUAUGUGGAGGAGCCCCUGGAGGAACCCCUCCCCUGCUGGCUCUACCUGAGACAGGUGACUCUGUGGUCCAGCCGCAUGCGGCCCGAGUUGCAGGUGGAAGCCUGCACCGUCAAGUGCCUUUCUAGCAAACCAUUUGGGAUGGGUUAUGUCAUCUUUGACAACUUCCAGCUCCAGGAGUCAGCAUCUGCAUGGCUGUCCUGCCCCUUAGGAUCCAUCUACAGGCCUGUCAUCUGGGAAGCCAACAACACUCCCCUGACUUGGGAGGGCCAGCUGUCUGGCCGGGACGUCAGCACCUUCCUGGACCCCUCCUCUGGUGGCAGGCAGCUGCAGGUUUACCAGCCGGCCAUUUAUAAGUGCUUCGUGGAGCAAGAGUUCAUGGCCCAGUUCAACCCCAGCACCAACGUGGACAUCCUGGAGGCCCAGAUGGGAGAGGACGAGGAGCAGCAGGAGGCCGUGGAAACCCCGCAGGGGAAGUCCGACUCUGUCCUCACAGGCCUGAAGCUGGUGCUGCUUGCAGCCACGGUGCUGGCCCUGGCAGGGCUGAUGCUCAAGUUCUGCCACCCCUUUCAGGGCAAAAAAAGUGACCAGGUGCUACUGGUGAAAUAAAG